AUGGAGUUUGAACUAUGUCACCUGGCAGCUACCUGCGGCAGCUAUGCAACCACGCCACGUCAAGCUAUGCCAUCCUCGCCUCGUCUAGCUAUGCCACCUGCGGCCAGCUAUGCCAACCACGUUACGUCUAGCUAUGCCACCCACGCCACGUCUAGCUAUGCCACCCACGCCACGUCUAGCUAUGCCACCCUCGGCCAGCUAUGCCACCCUCGGCCAGCUAUGCCACCCACAACACGUCUAGCUAUGCCACCUGCGCCAGCUUAUGCCACGUCUAGCUACGCAUCCUCGCCACGUCUAGCUAUGCAGGCACGUCAAGCUACGCCACCUCCGCCACGUCUAGCUACGCCACCUGCGGCCAACUAUGCCGCCCACGUCUAG